AAAAAAAUCUCUCCGGGUCACGUGACCACCGCCGCCUCCAACAUGGCUUCACCCAGCAGCGGGCUGUUUUGUUGCUGGUGGAAACAGCUCGUGUUUGUGCUUUUCUCCUCCUGCUGGACUUUAAUUCACAGCGUUACUGAGCAGGUGGAUAGCUGUGAACAUCUCCGCCCCGGACAGUAUAUCUGCAAAAGUCCUAUAAUAAAUGAUGCAACUCAAGAACCAGAGAACUGCAAGGAUCUAAUAGCAUGGGUGGAGUGUCUUCCUGCACCAAACAUCAGCUGUUUGCUGCCUAAUGGGACCAAGUACAAAUUCAGUGGCGAUGAGGUUGGAUUUAAUAAAAGUGUUCCAUGUCGUAAUGUGAGUGUUUAUUCUUACAAAGUAGCUGUGGCUUUGUCACUGUUCCUGGGAUGGCUCGGUGCAGACCGCUUCUAUUUGGGUUAUCCAGCUCUCGGACUGCUUAAGUUCUGCACGGUGGGGUUCUGUGGAAUCGGAAGCCUGGUGGACUUCAUGUUGAUAUCCAUGCAGAUCGUAGGGCCGUCUGACGGGUCAGAUUACAUCGUGGACUACUACGGGGCCAGACUCGUCCGGCUGGCCAUAACAAACGAGACCUACAGACGGACACAGAUCUCUCCGUGAGGAGGUGGACGAAGAAAACGGGACGGCAGAGCUGACGUCCAUGCUGUGUCACAUAAAUCUGUUCUUCUCUUCGUUCCAAAUGUGAAGACGCAGGAACACAGCAGACAUCAUGCUGUGAGAGCGUGUGUGUGUAUAUGCGAGUGUGAGAAAGAGUUUAGGCUGGAAGUAUGGACUCUAUAAAGCCACAUCUUUCUGUCCCUCACGCCAUCAAUCCAGUCAUCCAUCAUCUCUUCUUUCUUCUGAUGCCAAACAGCCCUCUGUUUCUCUGCAAUGUAUCAGGAUUGGUCUCUCACUGCUGAGCUGGGUUUAUUGACCAGUUUGUCUUAGCUAUUUAUGUGAUGUAAAUAAGUGUUGCUUUAUUGGGACAACACACACAGUUGGAUCUAGUUUAACUUCUGUAUUAUUGGUGUAAUAUAGCACUACACAAAAUUUAAUCACACAAUGAGACUUUGUAUCUUAUAAAUUCAGUUGUCCCUUUUUCAAUGUUAUUUAAGUUAUAUAGUAUGAAUGUAAAUAAAGCUGUACCAUCUUCAA